AUGCCGGGCGCGUCUCUUGUACUAAACUCGCUCGAUCUCCUGUCCGUGUCCUCGCCCGGCAGCCGUGCCCUCAGUCUCAACUCCAAGCCCGACAGCUACGAUGCCAAUGGCCCAAGUCUUCCGACCCAACUGAACUUCUACCUGUCUUCGUCGACCCUACCCUUGGGCGCCGACCCGGUCCUGUUCGACAACCUCGCGGCUUCUCAACCGUCAGAUCUCGGCCUGGUCUGGGCGUCGUCAACAAUGCCACACCUAGACACCAGCGACGGGAACUAUAUAGGCUUCAAACUUCCAGCGGGCCGCCCCAACGCCGUCGCUCUUAGCACGACGGCCGACUACCACACUUUCCUCGACCAGCAACGGCAGCACCAGUCCGGCCGCGAAAGCGGCCCGCAACACGAAGCUCCUCCAAGCCCUCGAAAAUGGCUAUCGCUGCCACAUACGAGGAGGACAGUGAAGACAGGCACGCGUGGCAACGGGGACAGCGCCAGCGCCGCCAGGUGCCGGAGGAAGAAGGAGGAUAGACGAGCGCGAAGCCGGGCCGUCAGAGAACUAGCCUCGUCACCACAACUACAACCACAACCACUGCCCACGCGCCAGGACGUGGAGGAAUUCGAGGCUCUACCCUUGGCUGUCAGACGCAAGUACUUUUCCACCCUCGAGCGUCUUCGUUUCGCGCAAACAUCCGGCACCCUCGACCAGACGUCGCGUGACAAACCUUGUCGAGGCCCGCGAGAUCGAGGAGCACACCACCCCGAACGGACUGCAGUGCGACGGCCCGCCACCACCUCGCCUACCUCGCCUACCUCACCAACCCACCGGGACCACGCCGCCUCGGUGGAACCCUUGUCCCUGGCGAAGCUCCCCGCCAAGAUCCGGGAAAAGCAUCUCACCAGGGAAGAGCAACUCGCCGUUGCCAAACAGCUGAGGGAGAGCGUCAUCCUAGAUGCUGCCGACGAAGCCAUCUAUAAGAUCGGCCGUCGCGCAAGCCGCCACCUGAGCCCCCAGGUCUACACGCCCACCUUGUCAUCGUCAGCUCGGCCCAGCAUGGACUCGCUGCCAAGUGACAAACAGCUACCCGUGCCUGACCAGCCGCACGAUGCCUUCUACGAUAGCUUUCGAUGGCUCGACCAGGACGACGACCUCGACCUGCGGCUGACCCUCGAUGACUACCACGCCGACUACCAGGAACCGAAGGCCUUGCCAACCUCGGAACCGCUGUACUCGUUACGCCGGCGCCUCUCCAUCUCCAAGAGGCCAUUCGGUCGUUCCUCGCUCUCCUCUAGUCGACCGGCCACCAAAGAUUCGCCCACGCCGCCUCAGGUCGCCUACCCACAACACGUGCGACGGAAGUCCCGAGCGUUAUCCCUCGUUACCCCAAAGCAUGGGCCCCAAGCCUCUCUGGCGUCAAUUGACCCAGAAGCAGCUCACUAUCAGGACCCCGAGGCCCGCUUGAAGCUGCGGGUCUACCUUGCCUCGCCGCAGAAGUUCGACGAGGCAAUCGAGUUUGGAUUCCCCUCCAACGAUGUCCGCUUCGCAGGACUGAACAGAGACGCCGCGGGCACUGGCAAGAGCUACCACCGAAUGAUGUCACCGGACCCGGAGAACUUCAAGACGUUCCUGGCCGAUGACAAGUCGUCCAUCUACAGCGACGACAUCUCGAUACCAGAUGAGUCGCCGAGGACACCCCACACGCCCGACCGACACGUGCAGACCAUGACGCCACUGCAGCGACGACCGAGCGAGCAUGAUGGCAGCCCCCACCAGUACUCGGAGGGCUAUGCGCAGGCGCCGGCGGCUUCGCGAGAGAUGACACUCCGGAUGACGCUGACAAGGCCCGACCUCCGGGCCCGCGAGGACCAGAUGUACGGACGACAGGGAAAAGCGCCCCAGCAGGCGGCCGGGAGGGUUUCCCAGUCGUCGGCACCACGAGCUGCCACGCCGGCACCGACUACACAGACGCGGGACGCGAACAAGGAGAGCAUGGACCGGAUAUUUGCCGAUAUCGACCAGGAGCUGGGUCCUCAGGCUGACGGCGUCGUGAAGCGAUUUUGGAACCGCGUACGACGCAAUUAG